UUGAACGUAAUCUGGAAUUUUACAUAUAUAAGCGCUCAUAGUCUAUAUUUAUAUAUGAUUUUGUAUAUCAAGCAGCUAGCUGAUUUCAUUUCAUGAUUCACACACCUGCUGCCGCCGAGACCAGAGCAAAAUUAGAGAUAAUUAUUGAGCAACGUCCUCCAAAAACUUGAUUCAAAUUUUAUUUUAAAGAUGGUUUAGGAGGGUCGUGUGUCUAAUUUCGCCUUUUUUCCCUGAGUUGAAGGCCAUGGCAUCUGCACAUGUGCCGUGGAGGUCACCACAAGGGUACGCUGCCCAGCCACCCAUAAAUUGUGGCCCUUCUUACGGACAUACAGAAAAUAGAGCAAAAUUCCAUCAUCCAGCAUGGCCCGAAGGAACUCCACCCACCCCCGGACAGGAGAUGGCGCCAAACCCUCUGCAAAAUGGAAACAAUGGACCAGUUCUCAACUCAGGAGGUUUUGGACAGACUUAUGCAGGAGGUCCGGCUCCUCCGGGAGCUGUAGUAACGUUGGAGGAAAUCAUUCAGCGUGUUUUCCAGCAUGUCACGCUGCAAUUCUCAAAUCAGCUCAAAAUUCAGAAUGACCAACUUGGCGAAAUGUUCAGUAAAACAGUAUCUUUGAUGCAGGAGGAAUUCGAAAAGGAACGUUUGUCCUGGAAGGAGAGAGAUGAGAAGCACGAGGCUAAGCUGAGGGAGCUUGAGCGGAAGGUCCUUUUCUACGAGAAGAAUGCAGAAAAUGAGUCGAGCGGUACAGAUAACAGACGGAGGCAAUUUCACGGCAGGUAUCAGAGAGGUUAUUAUCCACCAAUUGCUCCUCUGACAAAGGCUGAUGACACACCCUGCGUGAACCAAUACAUCGAUCGCUCUGCCCAACUCGAUGAGGCCAUGAAGAAUGAUGAGUCGCUCGCAGUGGAGGGAGCCAAGGUCAAGUUUGUUGAACAUCAAGGGGUCAGUCUACUGGAUGCCAAGCAAGAGAUAAAGGCACACGCCAUAGCCUCUGAUCUCUGGACCAGCAUGGGGGCUGCACAAGAGGUUACGGCGGCGGUGGGCAAACCAAAAGCGGAGCCGGGAAAGACUGAAAUAGGCGGAAUCAUCAGAGAGAAGACUGAAAAGUACGGUACUGUGUUUCACGUGGUAACUAAAAUGAGGUCCCCCCACAAGUUGCACAAAGCACCUGAGCCUUUCCUAAAGGGAGUGAAGACUGCAUUUGCUAAGCUGGCCCAAGUCAUUCGAGAGGAAGAGAUUGACGAGAUUGCAAUGACCUACAUGUGCAGUGGCAUGGACAGGCUGCAUCGCCUCUGGGUCUUGGACACUCUGUACGAAGAACUUCGAGAUGUCCCUGUCACUGUUCAUCUGUACAACAAGUAUGUCUCCAAACGCUGGGGAAACUGUGGGAAUUUGUUCAACCCAAAGGAGGCCGGAGAGGAAGAAGAAGAGACUGGAGGGAAGCCGGAUGACGGAGAGCAGCUAAAUGAUGCCCCUAAUUCGCAGACUGUUGCACCCAGGGAGAGAAGCAAGCGCAACUGUGGUGCUCGGCUGGACAAUAUGACAGUGUUACCUGGAGACACUACUGGGGACCCUCCACCAGUGCCAUUCAAACGCAAACGCCUCUGCCUGAGCCUGAACAGUGAUAGAGUUCGAAGUCCUAAACCCUCACCGGUAGCAUCAAAUCUCUCAGCCAUGGAUGCACUGGUCAAUAUACCAGCCCUCACUGCCGGGGGCAAGCUGAGUCUGAACAAGAAUGAAAAUCUUGAUAACAAGUAUUCCUCAUCAACCUCGAGCGACUUCAUACAAUCUUCAGUCAGCAGCUCGAGCAAUGCUUUGACCCCUAGUCGAAAGGUCAAGGCGUCUCCGAUUGCAACCUUGAACAAUAUGGGCAACACGUGCUACCUGAACAGUGUGCUCUACACACUGAGGUUCACGCCUAACUUUUUGCACAACAUGCACCACGUUUCGAAGGAGCUCGGCCAGCAAAGUGUGGCAGAUGACGAUAUUCUAAACCGAACAGAAAAGGUUCACGCUGCUUACUUGAGGCUGCACGAGCUUUUCACCACGCUCAAAGGCAACGAGGACAGCAAAAACAAAAUGCAGCAACCGUUUUCUCCCAGCAUGUUCCUCUCCUCAUUCAGAGAUUUGUACCCAACGUUUGAAAGCAACCAACAACACGACGCCCAUGAGUUGUUUGUCUGCUUGUUCGACAUUAUUCGAGACGCUUCUGCAAAACUCCUUGAGAAAAAACCUGAAGAAAAAAAGCUUCCAGCGACGCCGAGUCCCAAACCUCAGAACAAACUCUCGGCCUGGAGUAAAAAGAAAAAGACGAAGGUCAAGCUAGAGGUGAAAGAGGAAACCCCAGCACAGGAAGUAGCCAAGCCGAAGCUCGAUUUGGACUUUGUCAAGCAACUCGAAGGGACUACGGUGCUUAGAACAAUUUGCUUGGAAUGCGAGGGCUCCACUGAACGAAAGGAGAAGUUUUUGGAUAUUUGUGUCCCUAUGUCUGACCUUGACGGUCAGAGCAACGACAAUGCUGACGCUAAAGAAAAUCCGAGCAAGCUGUAUCGCUCUUUACUACUGAGCAGCGAAAACAUCAAUGGCCAGAACAAAUACUGGUGUGAAGUGUGCAAGCACCACAACGAAGUCCGCAGGUGUACAAGCUAUGAGCUGUUGCCGAACUUGAUGGUCUUACAGAUCAAAAGAUUUUCAACUGAUUCCAGCUCCGUUUUCUCUUCUAAGAAGAUGCUGGACUUCAUGCCCACCCCGUUGAUCCUUGACUGCUUCUGCGAGUCAUGCCCCAGCGAGAACCCUAACCCAGAGCAUGCUUUCCAGCUGUAUGCUGUGAUCAUGCAUUUGGGCAGCACCAUGGCCUCUGGCCACUACGUGGCAUAUGUCCGUGCCGAAGUCAAGCAAAAUUACUCCCAGUGCCAACCGCCCACCAUGCAACCACCUCCAAUCAAUGCUCCUGCGAGUGGCAUUCGCAAAUUCCUGCGGAAACCGGACAAAAGCAGUUCUUCUCCGAGUGGCGCAUGCCCUGCUGCAGAUUGUUGCGGAGCCAAAUUCACGCUGCCCGAUGAAAUCGCUGCCGAGGCCAAGUGGCUCGAGUGUGAUGACGAUCAUGUGCAUGUGCUGACCGAAUCCGAGUUUGACGAACUGCUGCAGCCCCCUAAAUCUAAGACUCUCUCACCAUACAUUUUAUUUUACGCCAGGAAGAACUUGGGUUUUAAUUAAAUGAUUGUUUGGUUUUGGGCUGUGGUUCCCAUUAGUUAUGUUUUACCUUUUUAUAUUUCAACCUUGUUUAUUGUACAGUUUGUUUAUCAAGAAUUUAUUUUUGACCUGCGUAAUAAAUAAAAAAUAAUCAAGAUACACAAAAGAACUUAUGAUUAU